AAUCAACCACGUUAUAAAUUUCAUCUCAGGUCAACCGCCCGAGCUUCACUGAAGCAGUUCCUUUGUUAGUCCUCAGUGUAAGUUGUAGGUUCACACAGCCAUGCUCUUGGACUUCACAACCAGGAGAUACUGACGUUCGUAAGCUGCUUUGAUCCAGUUAAUUCAUGAAAAGUGGAACAAGAUCAAGCGUACUAGUAUACUCGCAACUACUUACAUUGCAUAAACCCUUUCCCCCCAUAACAAACUGAGAGAAAGGGUUACCAAAGAUGGCGAAGAACAUCCUGUUGCGCAUGCGCACAUUGCCUCUCCGCGGCGUGCUGACUGUGAUUGGCGGGUUCCUGAUACACAGCACCAUCAGCACCGGGUACGUCUUUGGCACCCUAAAUCCCUAUCUGACGUCCUACCUGCGGGCUCGAAGUUCUUCCAGUGAUGUGACUUACUCAGAAAGUGUUUGGAUUUCCACGGCGAACUUUCUGUCCUUUGCACUGUGUAUGCCCAUAUUAGGCUGGAUAGAGCAGAAGUUACCUUCAAGAAUCUGCACUCUUAUUGGCGGACUUAUUUACAGUUCCAGUUUGUUCCUCACGUACUUCGCUAUGCAGCAUUCUCUCACCUUGACGGUCUUUAUAUAUGGCGCUAUGAACGGUGCUGGGAAAAGUAUGGCAUUCCCUGGAGCUCUGAAAAGUGCCCUCAAGUGGUUUCCAAACAGAUCUGGUCUGGUGACAGGAAUCAUCAUCUCUGGAAUUGGUUUUGGAACCAUCGCCUUGAACCAGGUCGUCACUGCCUUCAUUAACCCUGACAACCUGUCUCCUGAUGCAACGAUCAAAGAUGACUUGUUCUUCACUCAGGCCUCUCUGCUGGACAGGGUACCCUACUGCUUCCUGCUACUGGGUGGGGUCUGUACGGCCAUACAGCUCCUCGCCGUCAUGUUCCUCAUAGCCACACCCACGGACACGCCCUCACAGGAGGGAAGUUCUGAUGAGGCAGUUAACACGAGUCAUGCAGAGGAGACGAAUCCAGAUGAAAAGCCCAAAGAAGUGGGAGACGUUACACUGGACGCAUUUAGAAAACAUUCCCCCAGUGUCAUCUCUCAAGAAGACGACGGUAGCUACACUCCACGUCAGGUUUUACAAUCGAAGACUUUCUACCUGUUCUGGCUAAUCUACAGCUGUGUGAUCCUCGGUAUAUUCUUCGUCACCAACUUCUACAAGACCUUUUCAAACACAUUCAUCAAAGAUGACCAUUUUCUGACUCUGUCAGGGUCUGUGGCCUCAGUCUUUGGUGCUCUUGGCAGACUGUUUUGGGGAGCCCUGGGCGACAAGAUAGGCUACAGGGAAUCACUCACCAUUGUCAUCGGGGUGUUUGGAGCAGCAGGGGCGACCUUCACCUUGUGUGAAUAUGGCGGGAAAGUGAUGCUGAUGAUUUGGCUGUGUGUCAUCUACGGGACGUUCUCGGGAUGCUUCGCACUCAUGCCAUCACUAACAGUCUCUCUAUAUGGUCAGAAAUACUUCAGCGUCAACUGCGGUCUGCUCGGCACCAGCCACAUUGUAGUUCAGCUGGCAGGGGCGCUUCUGACGUCACAACUGAAAUCCGCCAUUGGAUGGCAUGGGAUACUCUACAUAGGCGGUGGAGGAAUAAUAUUCAGUUUCUGUUUGUGCUGUGGAAUGCUUGUGCAGUACAGAAUGGCCAAGAGGAGAGAAAUGAAGUACAGCAACAAACACGCCGAGACAUCAUAUGACACCCGCCUGUAGAUUAAAAAACAGAACUUUAUCCGGAAGGAAAUACAUGGAUAUUGCAAAUAUAACUUCUUCGGUGAAAUAUAAACAGA